AGAAGGCCUGUAGUUCCAAAGCUGUGGCCCAAGCGAGCUGCACCGUUAGCCACAAUGAAGUUGUGUGAAGUAUUUUGAAAUAGAUUCGAGGAUUUGAUCUAAAUCGCUCCUCGAUGAGAGUCAUCGCGUUCCGGGAUCGUGGAGGAUGUUAUUAGACGGAGGAGAGUCUCUGCGGUGAAGGUUUAGGCGGACGCGCCUUUGAAUGUUUUACUUCAAAUUCACUGAGUUGAACUCCACAGAAGGAGAAAAGAAAAGCCGACCGGCUAAGUUGCUAGCAGGGAGCUAGCCUCCGACCUCACUUCCUUGUUGCAUCUACGAGUGUGAUGGAAGGCAAGAAGUUUUUAUGGAGGCGUCUGACUUUUUUUAUUGUUCGUUUUUUAAAUGUGCACUGAUAGCUUUUUGUUUUUAUGGACAUUUAUAAUUUAGAAGACGUUGGUUUUUUAAUAAUUCUAAGUUGUUUCGGGUCAUUGCGAACGUUCACCAUGAAAUGGGAAAACCACUCUGUAGCCGAACUGCUAGCUACGGCGGACUAGCGGGCUAAACCGACUAGCCUUCGCUAUCAAAUCCUGGAUAUGUGGGCUUUUCGCUGGAACACGGCGGUUAAGUAUUGUUUGUUAUAAAAUUGCUGUAAAUUAGUUGUGACUAAAUCCUUAGCACCAGCUUCUACGGAGCAUUACGAUUGUUUGUAUCGGGAAUUUUGGUCUUAAUAAUAGCCACUGAAUGCUAAAGCUAGCGAUUUAGCUAGCUGUAAUGUCAGCUUAGUAGCCUGUUACACAGCUAGCCCAAUGUUGUGUUUUAUGAAUCGACAGGGGCACGUAGUUCAUAUUUUAUAAACUUAUUCCUAACUCAUCCGUUAAUUGAGACAUAAAUGCCCAACUCGGAGGUGCUUCGCGACGGGCGGGGAGGACGGAGCCCCUCGGAGCUCCAGAAUGCUAACAGGCAGGGGAGGCGCAGCAAAGCGGCGAGCGGUACCACCGCUCCGCGAGACAGGCGCCGCGAGAAGGGACGGUCGUCCGCCUCCCGGAGGAAGAAGCGCAGGCAGCAGAAGGACCGACACCUGUGGCAUGCGGUCACAACGGACGGCCCCGACAAGAGAAGUGAUUUCGACAAGGAACUUGAACUUCGGACGUUAGUAGAAUACGACGACGUGAGCUCCCAAUCAGAACGAUUCUCCGGUAGCCCCUCUCCUAAAAUUGACCCCCACGCUGACAAUCUCCCAGCGGAUCCCCUCAGCUCUGUUAACUUUGAAUAUAAUGGACCGGCCUCCCUGGCCAGGGGUCAACUAAGAGACCGGGAAGCAGUUUACCUCAGUAAAGAGUUCAGAGGACCAUCCGAGAGGAGCAAACAAGAUAAGGACUUGUCCAAGAAAAAAGAUCACCAGAGUCGUGAAAGAGACUCCUUAAAAGUCAGAACUGGAGGUAGCCUAAGCGGCUCUAAAACCGCCACACGGAGCGGCGACAAAAAUGGCAAAAGGACGUCUUCGUCUUCUCAAUCGGCAGAUAAGAAGAACGCAAAAAGGCACAGAAGCAAAACGAGAACUGAUAAAGAGACGCCGUCUGCGUACAGAGACGCGCCACAGUCUUAUCGAAACGACCGCGAGGACCCCAGGGCGUACAGAAAAAGUCCUGGUUUUAAAACUGACAGUCCCUAUGGGACAUCCUAUUCCCUUAACUACCAAUCUCCUGGUAACUAUGCCCAGCUGGCAUCUAGAAGAAGUCCAACUUAUGGAAGUAAAAGACAUUCUCCCAGUGCUACGUAUUUCAACCGGGAUGAUGUGUAUGGCGGAUAUGGAAUGCCAAAGUCACCCACUUCGUAUUCAAGCAACAAGAGGAAGCGAUCGCCCGCGAGCCCAGCCAACUGGAGGAGGUCACCAAGUUACGGUCGACACAGCCCUUUCGAACAAGGAGAGUUCGUCUCAAGUCCUUAUGGAAAGCGGAGGAAGUCACGGAGUCCAUACAGGAAGUCCCUGAGCCCCAGUCCAGAUGUCAGGAGACCCGCAAGGUCACGCAGCAGAAGUCCCUUUCCAUCCUCAAGGCACUCGCGCUCCCACAGCCGCCACCGACACUCUCGCUCCCGCAGCCGCCCUUCCAGCCUGUCGCCGAGCACGCUCACCUUCAAGAGCAGUCUGGCCGCCGAGCUCAGCAAGCAGAAAAAGGUCAAAGCCGCAGAAGCGGCCGCAAAGGCCAAAAACUCGAGCAACACGUCGACUCCAACCAAAAUGCCGUCGUCUGCUCACCAGCCCAGUCCCAAAUCCAACCACACGGCCAAGAAAGGACGCCCCCCCUCACCGCCUGCCCCAGAGAAAGGGCCCCGGACCCCCACAUCCAACCAGCCUCAGUCUCCUGCAGAUAAAUUGAAGAAGACAGCAGAGCACCAGAGCAGCAGUAAGGGGAAAGAGGACCCUCUACACCGGGACAAGAAGAAAGCCCCGGCGUCUGGGCAGAUCAAAGACAAGGACAGAGCCGCUGGCCCAGUUAUCUCCACUCUGCCACAGCUGCCACUGCCCCAAAUAGUUGCUGAGAACGCAGACAAAGGAGACAAUUUGAAAGACGGCUCGCUUCCGGGCAAAAAGAAGCUGGAGAAAAAAACGCGCCAGCUUCUGACUGACCUCCCCUUGCCCCCUGAACUCCCCUGCCCCUCGGUUUCUCCAAGCAGCCCUCCCGAUAAGCUGGAAAAGUCCCAAACAUUUCGACGAAGACCAAAAAUUUGUGGCCCGAGGUUUGGCGAGAUCAAGGAAAUCGAGAUAGAUUGGGGUAAACGGUGUGUGGACAAGUUUGAGAUCAUUGGAAUCACAGGAGAAGGCACCUACGGUCAGGUGUACAAGGCCAAAGACAAAGACACUGGUGAAAUGGUGGCUCUGAAGAAGGUCCGUCUGGACAAUGAGAAGGAAGGCUUUCCGAUCACGGCCAUCAGAGAAAUCAAGAUUCUGCGACAGCUGAACCACAAGAGCAUCAUCAACAUGAAGGAGAUCGUCACGGACAAAGAGGACGCUCUGGAUUUCAGGAACGAUAAAGGUGCUUUCUAUCUGGUGUUUGAAUACAUGGACCACGACCUGAUGGGUCUGCUGGAGUCUGGCCUGGUUCACUUCAACGAAAGCCACAUCAAGUCCUUCAUGCGGCAGCUGCUGGAGGGUCUGGAUUACUGCCACAAGAAGAACUUCCUCCACAGAGACAUCAAGUGCUCCAACAUUCUGCUCAACAACAGGGGUCAAAUAAAGCUGGCAGACUUUGGCCUGGCUCGGCUCUAUAACUCAGAGGAGAGUCGACCGUACACGAACAAAGUGAUCACGCUUUGGUACCGCCCGCCGGAGCUGCUCCUGGGGGAGGAGAGGUACACCCCCGCCAUCGAUGUGUGGAGCUGCGGGUGCAUUCUGGGAGAACUGUUCACAAAGAAACCCAUCUUUCAAGCCAACCAGGAGCUUGCUCAGUUGGAGCUCAUCAGUCGUAUUUGCGGCAGUCCUUGUCCCGCUGUGUGGCCAGAUGUGAUCAAGCUUCCGUUCUUCAACACCAUGAAACCAAAGAAGCAAUAUCGGAGGCGGCUCAGAGAGGAGUUUGCUUUCAUCCCUCCGGCGGCCUUGGAUCUGUUUGACCACAUGCUGAACCUGGACCCCGGCAGACGCUGCACGGCCGAACAAGCGCUGAGCAGCGAGUUUCUCAAGGAUGUGGAUCCCGACAAGAUGCCUCCACCCGACCUCCCCCUUUGGCAGGACUGUCACGAGCUGUGGAGCAAGAAACGGCGGCGGCAGAAGCAGAUGCCGGAAGAGCUGGUGGCUCCAAAAGCGCCGCGUAAAGAGCUGGGUCUGGACGACAGCCGCAGCAACACUCCACAGGGCUUCGCGGCGCCCGGCGCCAUGAAGACCCAGAAUGCGGCCGCCUCUGUGCUGCUCGAAUCCAAGGGUCCAAACUCUCAGUUCACUCAGGAGCAGCUGGCGGUCCUCCUGAACCUCUUGGGUCAGUCCAAAACAGCCCCCAGCCAGUUUGUCCAGUCUAUGAGCACAAAGGUGAACCAGGAGACGUUACAGCUGCUCACCAAAGCCUUAGCUCCCCCCGACCCGCCCGAGCCCCCGGCGCAGUCCGCCAAGCCUCCCCAGCCCGCGCCGCCUGCAGGAGUACCGCGCACGCCGCCGCUGCCCAAGCCGCCGUCGCCCCCCGUCGCGGCACCGUCGACUAUUCCAGAGGGGGAGGCUGCCGCCGCCACGCAGACGGCCAUGACCAUGCUGCUGGCGCAGCUGCUACAGGCCCAGAAGACUCAGAGACCGGAGCUGAGCGACGGCGGAGAACCCGGCGAGAGCAGCAACGCCGCAGGAGGCGCCGCGCCACCACCUCCGCCCCCAGAGGGCAAACAGCCCCCAGAGCCCAGCCCGGUCACUCCAGUGUCAGAAGUGGGAGGAGUCUCCAUUUUGCCUCCCGACCAGAGGCCCCCAGAGCCUCCGGAGCCGCCGCCCCACGCCGACCUGGACUACCGCCAUCCCCCGCCAGAGCCCAAGCCCGGCCACGCCCCCCCUGUGCCCCCCAUGAGUGACGGAGUGAGACCCCCAGAGCCAGACUAUCCCCCCCUUCCUCCACCCGAGGGUCCAGUAUACGGAGGCGACUACAGCCACCCGCCCCCUCCAACCUUCCCCCCCGCGGGCUUCAGUGACUCUUACAUGGGCCACAUGCUGGGCGGGGGCCUGAUGCCUCACUCUAUGAGGGAGGUGUUCAGCGGAGCCGCCGGCUCCUCGGCGGCCCACCCCGACCCGUUCCCCCCAUCCGCACCAGCACCCACCCGACCUGCCAGCAUGGUCUUCAGCGGAGACAAGGACCACAGGUUUGAGUACAACCACAGCCCUCUGCCCGUGGAGGUACCGCCCAACCCGAACGCCCUCCACCUGUACAACCACGCCAUGGCCCGGAAAGACGGCCUCCCCCCGCCCAUGCCAGCGCCAGGACAACCUUGGGGUUCCCCAUCACAGGGCGGGGCCCCUCCUUUACCGCUGGGUUAUGUUCCACAGAUGAACUCCACGGCGGCGAUCAGAGGACGGGGGCUGCCCUUCUGAGGAGCUGGAGGACCAACCCGAAGCCUCGUGAGGUGGCAUCAGACGGGUCUGCAGACGUGAUUCAGUAAUUUAAACCUGUAAGCGUAUUUUUCCUCGUGGAAGGACGGUGGAGUAACACCCGUGGAGCUUUUCUCGCUCGUACAGUUUUGGUAUUUUUUUGUAAUCUAUUCUGCUGUCUUCAAUUGAACUUUGGUUCAGGUGUACACCCCCAACCUUUUCUCUGUAAAGCUCCCGGGCAGAAUUAGUAUUAUUGUUUUGAACUACUGACUAAAGUAGGCAGAAACUCUUUAGAAUGUGACCGCGCGCCUGGGGUGGUCUUUUUUUAACUGGCGGCGGCGUUGGCGGCUCAUUUUGGUCGGGGUGUUAAACGAGGCAUCGGCCUGGGGAGCUUCUUGAAGAUGGCACUUCUAACAUCUAACAGCACAGAAAAGCUGUUACCCCUCCCCUUUUAACUUUUUUUGGCUGUAAAUGUUGUAAAAUCAUAAGUAAAAGACAUAACCUGGAUUGACAAAGGAAGCGUUUUAUUUUGCAUUAAACCGUCGUGUCCCC